CUGUGUUUACAACCUGCUGUUGUGUAGCUUUAGCACUUCUUACACAAUUUGAUCAGUUAAUGAAUACAAACUAGCUACAUUUGCAUUUAUGACAACAUUUUAGUUGGCUUCUCUUCCUUUUCUCUUUUUCAGAUUAAGUCACAUUAAAUAUUUUGAAUGAAUUCGUCCUGAAGCUUUUCAGCCCUUGAAUAUGUCUGAUGCAUGCAGCUCUGAACCUGCAGGAGCCAUCAAGGCCAUUGACAAGCACGCAGUGCAUCAAAUCUGCUCAGGACAGGUGGUGCUGACUUUGGCCACUGCUGUCAAAGAGCUGGUGGAAAACAGCAUUGAUGCAGGGGCUACUAACGUUGAUGUCAGGCUGAAGGAGUGUGGAGCUGAACUAGUGGAAGUGUCGGACAAUGGUAAAGGGGUAGAAGACGCCAACUUUGAAGGACUCACAUUGAAGCAUCACACGUCAAAGCUGAGGGAUUUCUCUGAUCUUAUCCACGUGGAAACAUUUGGCUUCAGAGGGGAAGCCCUCAGCUCUUUAUGUGCUCUGAGUGUUCUAAGUGUAGUGACAUGCCACGAGUCCAGCCAGGUGGGGACCAAGUUGGUGUUUGACCACAAAGGCCACCUAGUGCAGCAGUCUCCCCAUCCCCGGCAGCAAGGCACCACAGUCAGCCUGCAGCAGCUCUUCUACACCCUGCCUGUUCGACACAAAGAGUUCCAACGUAAUAUUAAGAAGGAGUAUACUAAAAUGAUACAUGUCCUGCAGUCCUACUGUAUCAUUUCUACAGGAGUGCGCAUUACCUGCUCCAACCAAAAUGGGCAGGGAAAGCGCAGCACAGUCCUCAGCACCAGUGGCAGCCAGAGUAUGAGAGACAACAUAGGGGCUAUAUAUGGACCAAAACAGCUACAGAGUCUUUUGCCUUUUCAGCAAGUGACUCCCACAGAAAAUGUUAUUGAAGAAUACGGACUCAAAGAUGCAGAUCUACCUAAGCAGCUUUUUUCCAUGACAGGGUUUGUGUCACGAGGAGACCACGGUGUUGGGAGAAGUGCCACUGACAGGCAGUUCUUUUUCAUUAACAACCGGCCUUGCGAUCCUAUUAAGGUGACCAAACUUGUGAAUGAAGUGUAUCACAUGUAUAACAGACAUCAAUAUCCAUUUGUCGCCUUGAACAUAGCUGUUGCCUCUGAGUGUGUGGACGUGAACGUAACCCCAGACAAACGACAGAUCUUCCUUCAGGAGGAGAAACUCUUGCUGGCUAUUCUAAAGACCUCUCUCGUCAACAUGUUUGAGGCUGGUGUCAAUAAGAUCAGCCUGAACUAUACACCCCUACUCAGCACCAAUACAAAGUCUGCGUCCCAAAUAUGUCCUGUUGUCCCAUCUAAUGAGAACAUGCCAGAACCUGGAGAGGACAUGGAACGGGUAUCUCGGAGCUCAAAGUUGUCCCUAAACCUGGCCGGUCUAAAAGCUGCUUAUUCAAGCCAUCAAAGCUCCAAUCUUGGGAACAAGUCUAGUGUGGCAAAAGCUGCCAACAGUGGCCCAUCUCAGAAAACACUGCAGUCUUUUUUUAAGGACACUGUCAAACCUCCUCCCUGCCACCAAAGCGUGGCAUCUCCUUUGAAACACGUAAGAGAUCUAACUAAAUGCUCCACAGAUGGAGAGUCGGUGCUGGAUGGGUUCAGGUACGGAAGGACGUUAUGUAGUAAUACAGACUCUGAAAAAGAAAGCGCCUUGACAGAUAUUGAUGUCACUAUGGCAACACAAGACAUGAAGUGUUCUGGCCUGGAGGUCUGUUCCCCUGAACCGACUGACAGUGUAAAAGAAGAAACAUUGGAAGAAGCCUCAGAGCAUAGUCCCACUGUUCCUGAUCACCCAGAGGUACAGACUGAGCCAUGUACUCCCAAUGAGGACUCUGCUGUGUGCCCAGAUGCAAAGAGGGCCAGGACAGAGAAGCCGCAUUUCCCAGCUGAACACAAGUCCGACACUUUUUCGAGAUCCUCAUCGACAGUGGAUGCUCCAGUCUGCCUACAGAAAAGGACAGUGCCCCUCCAGUUCUCUUUACAAGAGCUGGCGCGGAAAGUGAAGAGGCUACAGGACCUGCAGAAAAAGAGGGCUGGUGAGGAUCUGUGCUAUCGACGCUUCAGAGCCCAAAUCAACCCCGGAGAAAACCAGAGUGCAGAGGAAGAGCUCCAAAAAGAGAUCAGUAAAGACAUGUUCAAAGAGAUGGAGAUCAUCGGACAGUUUAACCUGGGCUUCAUUAUCACCAAACUCAACUCUGACAUCUUUAUGAUUGACCAACAUGCAACGGAUGAGAAAUACAACUUUGAGAUGCUGCAGCAGCACACUGUGCUCCAAGGACAGAAACUCAUAGUCCCUCAGAAGCUUCAACUCCCUGCUGUUAGUGAAAACGUACUCAUAGAGAACAUUGAGAUUUUCAGAAAGAAUGGAUUUGAAUUUCUUGUUAAUGAAGACGCUCAGGUGAUGGAGAGGGUUAAGCUGGUAUCUCUGCCCACCAGUAAGAACUGGACCUUUGGCCCAUCCGACAUUGAAGAGCUGAUCUUCAUGUUGAGUGACAGCCCCGGGGUCAUGUGUCGACCAUCUCGCGUCAGGCAGAUGUUUGCCUCCCGAGCUUGUCGAAAAUCUGUGAUGAUUGGCACUGCUCUGAGUGUAGGUGAGAUGAAGAAGCUCCUGGUUCACAUGGGGGAGAUUGACCACCCAUGGAACUGUCCUCACGGCAGGCCCACCAUGAGACACCUCGCCAACCUGGACAUCAUCUCACAAGACUGACCAUGUUGGGAGAAUCUUACCUCACAUGUGCUUAAUAUAACUGGAAUGUUGCACUGAUUGAAAGAAAUGUCCAAAUCAAAGAUACUGUAUAUUUUGUGUGGUUCAAAUGUUUGUUAUUGGCUGUUUUGUAUGCUCUUAUUUUAUUUGUAUUUUGCAUCAUAAAAUGUAUUUGUUUUAUAUUUUAACACCCAAGUAAUUGGGCAAAUA